CACAACAGGUACAGCCCUGGCUGCACUCGCUUCCUCACCUGCUUCACGUCUCUACUCAAAUGUCACCGUUUCAGGGAGCCCUCCCCUAUCACCUUAUUUUAAAAUUAUUACACACACACACACACACACACACAUUCUCGAACCCCUUUUCCUACUCCCAUUUUCUUACUUAGCACCUCACUUUUAUAUCUUAUUUUGCUAAUUGUCUGAUUCUCCUAAGUAAAAAGUGAGCUCCAUGCAGGUACAGGUCUUUCUCUUUUGUAUUCACUGCACCUAGAACUGUGUAGGUGCUCAAUAAAUAUGAGUUGAACAGAUGAAACACCAUUUGAUGAAUGACCUUGAGGACUCCCGCAGGACGCUAAACUACAAAUGUGUCGGCCGACUUAACUCCACUAUCCUACCUUGCAGCUCACCCAACCCGUGUUCUAGAUUCAUUCCUGUCUCCAAGCAUUUGCUUAAAGUCACGCCCGCGCCAGGAUCACCCUUCCUACCCAAGAGGGUCUCCUUCAGAUCACCCUCCCCGCGCCUCAUGACGUAAAUGUGUGACAGAGUCCCCAGGCAUGGCUGGAAGGUUGGUGGGUUGCCAUGGUUACCCUCCUGCGGCAGCAUAUUCCUAGGGUGCUCCGCCCCUACAGGUAAUAGGUGGUUAGCAGAUCUCGAGCAGCCCGGUGCGGGAAUUGGUAUAAAGGGGCGCCAUCCCGUUUUCUAACGCCCCCCCACCCACGCAGUUGUCAUGGAAACGAAGCGCUUCCCUCCAGCGCCGCCUCCCUCCACGUUCUCCAAGAGAAAAAGACACAGGCAUAGUUGAAGAGCAAGGUGGUCUGAAAGACUGUCCAAAAGGCGGGGACGCCGCUAAGUCCCAGCGCUCAUUCCAUCAUCUCUCCGACCUCCUCCAGAGAUUGCUACGCCUGCGCAAGGAACGAGUCCCGGGUAUCUCGGCGGUGGAAGACGUGGAGUGCGUAGACGAACGAGAGUUUGGCGCAUGCGCUGUUAUGACAGCGGACGGUGGAAGCGCCGGCGCCCCCCAUGCGCCAGGCGGCCGGACAGCGGCGUCGGGGGGCGCCAUGGCCUCGGCGACGGCGGGCGAAGCGGAAGAGACCACCCGGCUGCGCAAGCCGCGCUUCUCCUUCGAAGAAAACCAGAUCCUGAUCCGGGAGGUGCGCGCCCACUACCCGCAGCUCUACGGCGCACAGAGCCGUCGGGUGAGCGUGGCGGAGCGGCGGCGUGUGUGGGACGGCAUCGCCACCAAGAUCAACGGCAUCACCAGCUGGAAGCGCACUGGCCAAGAGGUACAAAAGCGCUGGAACGACUUCAAGCGCCGCACCAAGGAGAAGCUGGCCCGCGUGCCGCACUCCACGCAGGGCGCCGGGCCUGCCGCCGAGGACGCCUUCUCCGCUGAGGAGGAGACCAUUUUUGCCAUCCUCGGGCCGGGUGUGGCGGGGCCAGGAGCUGGUGCAGGAUCAGAGCAGCCCCCCUCGGCUGCCUCCUCACAGCCACCGGCCCCAAGCGCCUGUGCCCAACGCUAUGUGUUGUCCGAGGACCGCAGGGAAGACCGGCGGGCAGAUACACUGGCCCACAGCAAGGCAGGCUCCAGCAGCCCAGAGCCCUGGGCCCGGCCUUCCUGCAAUCCCCAGGAAGGGGGCUGCCCACCGCCCAAGGAGCGUGAGUCCUCGCCCCCUCCAGCCCUGCAGACUGUCCAGCUGCCCCGUCUGGCUUUGUCUCCACCGCCCCCGGCCCCUCCACCUCCACCACCCCAGCCAGCACAGCAGGUCCAAGUAGCACCCUCAUCGCCCAUCCUGCCCCCACCCACCCCCAAGGUGGAGAUCACCCCAGAGCCGGUGUCAGUGGUGGCUGCUGUCGUGGACCGGGCCAUGGUAGCAGCCAGGGGGGUGAUCAUUGCCCCUAGGAGUGAGGAGGGGGCUCUCCGGCCAUCCCCAGCCCCCCUUCUUCCCCAUGACUCCCCCCCACACAAGAGAAGGAAAGGUUUUCCUACACGGAAGAGGCGGGGGCGAUGGAAAUCUCCGUGAAUCUGCCAUUGGGUUCAAGCUUGUCUUCGCUCCUUCUGCCUGCACCUCCUCUCCCAGCUUAGCCCAGUGGAGGAGGGCCAUGCACCUUCCCCAUGCCAGCCGCACCCUGGCUUCCUGCUGCAGGGGCGUGAGCACCCCACUCCCUGUACUAGUUAGUGCCUGAUUCGCAGGGGGGCCUUGAUGGGCUCCCCAGCCCUUUCUCCAGUACAGCGCUGUCUGCCUGGCUGCUUCCCUUAACCCUGACUUCUAAGCCAUCAAUUUUAUGUUAUUUAUUAUUGCCCUUUGUGGGUUGUGGAGGGAACCUCGUGGGUCUGUACAUAACCCCCUUCCCUAACCACUCCUGGUCUUGACUUGAAGAGAAUUGACUUUGUGAGGGCCUCCUCACCUCCCCAACCCAGACUUUGGAGGGAAUGGGGGUUGCAAGACAAAUCAGAAUAUGGAUGAUAAUGAGGAUACAGCAGUCUGGACCCUAGAGAGGGGGUCAAGUUCUCAUUGGGGAGGUAUAGGUUGGGCCCCCUGCCUCCCAUUGCAGUCUCUGACCUCCAGAGCUCAACCCCCUCCUUUCUCAGUGAUGAAAAGAUAUCAAUAAACUUAUUUUUAAUACAAUUA